AACGCAAGACGCGACGACGGAGCCCAGACACCCUAUUCAGCAUCAUGGUUACAUCACGCACACACAAAGUUAUCGAUGGGCUUCCUGGCUAGCCCAUCACCAUCCGACAAUGUCUGCAACGUCCCGCAUCGACGAGCCCUCGAGCUGAACGGCAUCAUCUCUCAUGCGAACUACCUCACAGACACCUGGUAUGCUACUAUCGGUGCCACUAUACACUUACAGAUCACCAGACAGCCUCGUCCACUGUCGCCCCACGUGUUGAAGGACUGGUCCCCCUUCGACAUACCUGACAAGGUCUGA